CGUGCAUCUUUCCUUCAGUUGCAAGCUUGUUACUGCUCGCAAGCUUGAUCUAGGCAGGCUUUGCUGCAGUUUGCGGCAAGUCCGCGCAUAUGUGAUGUCGGCUCUUUGCUAUUAUCCUGAACACGCCUCACUAACUAGCAAACCAGCUAACUGUUUAAAAGUUAACGCGCAAUUCUUGGGACGUAACCGGUCUUGGUCAUGCGCACGCACUUUGUGUUCAUCGUCGACCCGACGCUUGAGGAAAGCAUCUUGUGAUAUUUUAUGUCAAUUUCAUAGUAGACAGCACCUACUGAGCCAGCGCAGUCCAUGUGCUCGGAGAAGAGGCGCAGCUGCGGGCGGCGGAUGGCAGCAAUCCGGCAUGGAUCCUCAGGAGCUGCAAGGAGCAAGCUGCCCAGCUAGUUUAGGCUCCUCCCUCCCCUCCUCCCUGCCCCUGCCCCGCUGGCUCCUCCGCCUGCUCUCCGCCCUCUCCUCCCACCGCGAGCUGCUCUCCCGCGCCGCCCUCACACUGGGGCUGCUGGCGGUCAUUCGGGCGGGCCACUUCAUCCCGCUGCCGGGGGUGGACCUGGGGGCCGCGGGGGCGGGCGCGGCUGCGGCCAGCUCGGCAGGCGAGCGCCUCAUCAAGGUGCUGUACGGCCAAACGUACGACAUCCCCGCCUCGCUGUACGACCUGGGCAUCUCCCCCUUCGUGAAC